CACAAUUGCCAAGGGGGGAAAAAGGCACUUUGCAUUGAUACAUAUGCCAUGACCCAAAUUUGGAACAGGAAGACUUCAAUUCUAAGGAAGUGUGAUCCUUCAUUGUAUGGAGUCAUUCUGGGGGUAGUGAAUGAGCCAAAUCAUUGGAUACUCACAGUCAUCUUCCCCUCAGAACAGAGGAGCCUUGUGCUGGAUCCACUCGGCAACGAUGCCUCCAAGAUCACAAGAUGUCUGGAGACCACAAGAGCAUUCAUGAGAGCGAGGGGCUGUACGGUGUCCAGGUGGAAAGCCAACACUGUGCCACAUAGCCUGCAGCAGGAUUCCACUUCAUGUGGAAUAUUUGCCAUCAAAUAUGCUGAGAAAGUCCUGGCAGAGGAGUCUCCUACUUUCCCAAACACUGAAGGGGCAGUGGUUAAUUACAGGAGGGAAAUUACUGUAGCACUUCUCAAUGAGACUGAUGAUCUCAGUGAGCUGUGCCACCACUGUGGAGAGGGAGAAGAAGCGCGAGGGGGGUCUCAAGACAGACCUAAUGCCACUGACUGGAUCCAGUGUGACACCUGUGGAAGGUGGUACCACGAGGGUUGUGUUGGGAGACCUGACAGAGAUCCUAUGUACAGCUGUCCUGCAUGCCACCAGGCUCAAAUGAGUCGAUGCCGUCCAAAACGGUCCAAAAAAAGAUAACCAUGUCACAUGAUUAUCACGCCUUCCCGUGAGGAUGGACACUGUCUUUCAGCGACCCUCACAACCCUCAUCGACACCCCCCCC